CCGCAUUCUUGACUCUACUCCAUACCUCCAUACCUCCAUACCUCGAUCCUCAGGCAACUUGACCUGAACAGGCCUCUCAAGCCUCUCCUGAGCAGCCAAAUAACCAGCGACAUCCAUCCCAUCACCUAAGCCACCCAUCUCGCAAAUCUACUUCCAACACUCCCUCCGAAAUGUCUCCUACAACAACCACGGCAACUAAAAAGCGCCGCACGCGCAGCGACUACAUCUUCCACCAAACGCACCAAACAAGAUGGCACGACAACGACAUGUACGCCCACCUCAACAACACAAUCUACACCGUACUUUUCGACUCCAUCAUCAACACAUACCUAAUCACUCACUGCGGCAUGAACCCCUUCAGCGCCAAUAACCCCUCCGAACAGGAUCGGGAAGUCACCACUACCCCCUCGACAACCCCCUCGACAACCCCCUCCACCCCCCAAAUCGGCCUCAUCAUCUCCUCCCACUGCGACUACUUCGCCAGCGUCUCCUUCCCCGAUACCCUCGACCUCGGUCUCCGAGUCAACAAACUGGGCCACUCAAGCGUGACCUACGAGGUCGGGGUGUUCCGACAGGGCGAGGAGGCCGUAAAGGUGGUAGGUGGGUAUACGCAUGUGUUUGUGGCGCGGGAGACGAUGCGGCCGACGGCCGAGGGGAUGGAUGCGGCGGUGCGGAGGGGACUGGAGCGAUUGCUUGUCCAGGGGGAUAAGGAGGGCGCUGAGGAGGAGAAGGAGGAGGCGGAUUCAACCAGGGAUGGAAAGGGGAAAGGGAGGACGGGAACCAUAAAUGAACACCGGGUUGGGGCCCGGGAGAAGGCGAGGCUGUAAAGAUAGAUCUCUAGG